ACACAAAGUCAGAUGGAUUUGAUAGUUCAUCUUUUUUACCCGUGCUCCGAAGUCCGAAAUAUCACUGCAUUCACUGCAUUCUAAUAUCACCCGAAGCCAAGAAACAAUAAACCGUAGAUCGGCCCCCAAUAGCAUCAAUCCCCUGGGCGUGCCGAGGGUCACCUUCAGAUGGAAUCAACCAAAGAGAAUUCCCCCAAAACUGCAACUGCAACUGCAAGAGAAGAAAGAGAAAGUUCAGAGAAGAAAAUAUGGCUGUACUCCGCCUUGCUCACCCUCCAGUAUGGUUCUCAGCCCUUGAUCUCCAAGCGCUUCACCAGGCGAGAGGUAAUCGUAACUUCAUCAGUUUUGGCAUGUGAAGUUGCAAAGGUUAUAUGUGCUUUCACGGUCCUCAUAUUCAAUGGUAGCUUGCCAAAAUUAUGCAAAGAUUGGUCUUUGCUCAGGGCAUUGACCUUUUCAGGACUUCCAGCUGCAAUUUAUGCACUGCAAAAUAGUUUGCUUCAGAUCUCUUACAAAAAUCUUGACUCCCUUACAUUUUCAAUGCUGAAUCAGACUAAACUAUUUUUCACGGCGUUCUUUGGGUAUAUGAUAUUGAGGCAGAAACAAUCAAUUCAACAAAUUGGAGCUCUUUUCCUGUUAAUACUUGCUGCUGUACUUCUUAGCAUUGGUGAAGGUACAAGCAAAGCUUCUAAGAGCCGAAAUCCUGAAGAAGUGCUAUUUUACGGGAUUGUUCCUGUUUUGAUUGCCUCUGUGCUUUCCGGUCUAGCUUCUUCUUUGUGUCAAUGGGCUUCUCAGGUCAAGAAACACUCCUCAUACUUGAUGACCAUAGAAAUGUCAAUUUUUGGAAGCCUGUGCCUGUUGACUAGUUUGUCCCAGUCCCCUGAUGGAACUGCUAUGAGAAAGCAUGGGUUCUUUCAAGGAUGGACUCCUUUAACUUUGGUCCCUGUAGUAGCAAAUGCCCUUGGUGGAAUUCUUGUCGGGCUUGUCACAACUUAUGCCGGUGGUGUUAGGAAGGGUUUUGUCAUUGUUUCUGCACUGCUUGUAACAGCCUUGCUGCAAUUCAUUUGUGAUGGAAUACCACCUUCACCAUAUUGCCUCGUGGCUCUUCCCCUUGUGAUUACUAGUGUCUCAAUAUAUCAAAAGUACCCUUACCGCGUCAAAAAGAAGGAAGCUUAAACCAUUAUCAUUUUGAGGUGGGGAAGAUCAUUUUUUUUGGUAAUCUUGUCUCAACUGACGUCAUAUGGUGAGCUAUGGAAUUUAUUUUGACGGAUGUAUAGGUGAAAAACUGAGGUUCUAGUAUGUUUCUUUUCAUUUCUUUUUUCUCAAUUGGUUAGCUAUGGAGAAUUGAAUUAAUUAAGUUAUUCAUCGAGACUGGCGGGCAUGCCUAAAUUGUUGUUCAUUCACUCGAAUGUAUAGUUGAAUGUCUUUCACCUGACAUUCCAAUGACUUUUGGGAUUUCUAGGCUUCUUUUGGAAAUCAGAACUGGAAAUAUGUAACUAAUCAAUAGUAUUGAUUCAAUACUCGUAUGGCAUCUUUAUGCAGUA